AAGAAGAAGAACACAUAUUUCUCUCUUUUUUAUUUUUCGCAUUUACAUGCUUAUUUAAGAGUAUUGGCUUGGAGAAAUUUCACGAAGAAAAAUAAGUCAUUUAGCUAAAAAUUCAUGUCUUUGGCUUUUGCUUCUUGUUCUUAACAAGCAUUGAUUUGUAUCUCUUCUGGUGCAGCAAUCAAAAUAGAUUGCAAAAAUGCCAUCAUAGAUUCUAUAGCAGGUGAAUAUCUUCUUCCUCAAGCAUGGAAUAAAGUGAGCCACUGAAGAAAGAAUGGAUUAUUCGCAUAGCCUGCCAUGGUUCCUUCCACAACAAAGAUGCUCUCAAGUUGUAACACAAAGCCAUGGGUUGCUGCACACCAAGGACCUCCUCUCCAACAAGGCGAAGCAACCGCAGAGAAGAUCUGCUUCUCCAAAUCCCAGGUGCUUCGGUCUACUUAAUGGAAGAUGGAGGAGAUGCACCGGUUGAGCUUGCCAAGGGGGACUUCACCGUUCUCAGGAUCACAGAAGAUGACAUGGUGUUAGCAACAGUGGUGAGAGUUGGAGCUGAUCUCCGAUGGCCCUUGACGAAGGAUGAGCCUGUCAUCAAGCUCGACCUUCUCCAUUACCUCUUUACCUUGCCUUGCAAAGAUGGUGGGUUCUUAAACUACGGGGUUUCCUUUGCUGCUCCACAUGGAGGCUUGGCUUCUCUGGAAAUGUUCCUCAAGGAGAACGCAUGUUUCUCUGCUCCUUCGGAUGCUUCGUCCUCGUUGAAGAGGAACUCCUCUUAUGAGGUUUACUGGAAGGAUUACACGCCAAGAAUUGAGGACUAUAAUGGAGUUUUGGCCAAGGCCAUUGCAGGAGGGACUGGAGAGAUUGUGAAAGGGAUAUUUAAGUGCAGCAAUGCAUACACCAGUCAGGUUCAAAAGGGAGCCACUCUGCUUCAGCCUCAAGAUGCAGCAAGCAACACCAAUGCAUCUGCUGGGAGGAAUAAAAGUGACAACAGAUCUGAGUCGAUGAAGAAGAGUGGCGAAAUCAAUAAGGCCAUCCGAAGGGUGAGGAAGCUGUCGGAGAUGACAGAGAAGAUGAGCAGGACAUUGCUUGAUGGUGUUGUUCUGGUGACCAGCUCUGUGUCAGUGCCCCUGGUUCGAUCCAAAGCUGGGAAAUCUCUGCUGGCUACAAUACCAGGAGAGGUUCUUCUGGCCUCACUUGAUGCAAUUAACAAAGUUCUUGAUGCAGUAGAGGCUGCUGAAAGAAGCACUCUUGCUGCCACUUCAAAUGUGGUCUCGGGAGCCGUAUCCAAGAGGUUUGGGGAGAGUGCAGGAGAAGCAACAGACGAUGUGUUUGCAACCGCAGGCCAUGCAAUUGGAACUGCAUGGAACCUAUUCAAGAUCAGGAAGGCCAUUAGUCCUUCUUCCUCUCUCCAGUCAUCAAUACUCAAGACUGCAGUCAGGAAGAAGUGACUGCUGUAUCAAGCAGAGAUGAAGCUAGUAUCACCAGGUGAUUAGAUUGCAGUAUGGAAUGGAAAUGGAACUUCACUAUUGAAUGUAUGAUUGUGAAGAAGAAAGUUAUACUGCUGUAUAUAAAGUGGUAACAAGGUUUCGAUAAUACCAGCAUAUUAUAAUUGAAAUGUAUAUAAUUGUAAGUUCA